AUGCGGAAGUACGCGGAGGAAAACCGCGGGAAAGAGGCGAAGAAAAAAGGCCUGGUGAUUCUGCGGGCGGUGUACGGCGAGGAGGCUGCGGUGGGCAUUGCCGAGUGUGGCGUGGACAAUGCCGAGUGUGGGAGCGGAGCGGAGAAGGCGCUGGACGUGACGGUGGCGCUGCAGUUCAUGGUGAGGGAGUCGAAGCUGCGGCUGUACGCGGGGUCGAAGAAGGACUACGCGGGGUUCUGCGAGGUCGGGGAAGGAGCGGCGAGGAAGAAGCUGUACGUGCGAUAUGCGUUCAAUGGGUCCGUGUAUGAGCUGGAGGUGGACGACGCGGAGCCGGUGUAUCUGCCCGCGUUCCGCGCCACGAGGCUGGGAAGCGAGGAGGUGGUCGAAUAG